UGAUACCUGUUCGGCCUCGGCUCGUGUCAUAUCAAGUUCUGGUAUGUAACAUGCGUCAACGGCGAGCAGCUGCACGCAAUAAAAGGAAAAUCAGGAAAAUAAAAAUAUAAUUGCGAGGAGUCUCAAAUUUAACGAGUAUACAAAAACCUCUGACGUUAACUGUUAUUAAUAAUGACAAAACAAUUGCAUUGAUGCGCGAAUAAGAGUGAAAUAUGUUUCGGGAGGGUUACUAUCUGGAAAUAAUUAAGGCUAAAACCUCAGCUGCGACGGCUGUCAUUACAGUGAAGGAAAAAACAGUCGAGAUAAAGAAUAAAAAGAUAACGACCAACAAGUGGCUCACCCUCGAGGACUGGGCAUCGCUCUAUCAAGUCUUAGAAAAAGGUGUGAUACAGAACAGCGAGAAUAAGACGCGAGCGUCCGAGUCGAAGGAAAAGAAAAAAAUCACAAGGCACCUUGAAAUCGUAUACACAUUCGAGGAGUCAGAAAAUCCUACUGAUAGAACCACCCUGCCGACUAUAAGAGUCAGUGUAUCACCGGUAAAAAAAAAGUCAAGAUCCAAACGCGACGCUACUACCGCUGAAGUUAAUCAGAAAGAGAAGAUCCGGGUGUCUUCGACCUUGAAAACCGAGCAUAAAAAUGAAAGCCGUAGUUCGCCUAAACUCGACAGUUCUGAGGAAACCUUCUACGGGACAGGCUUCAAAGUAGAGGAGUAUAUUCCUAAUGUGCCUAAGACAAAGGGAGCAGAGAACGGAGCGGACAUAAAAUAUAUUCCGAGCAGGAAAAGCGCCCUAGAAAAUCUCAACAGGUCCGUCGACUCAGACGAGUACAUUCCGGCCAUCGUCAAUGAAGAGGGCGUGGGUACCAGUGCCCUGGACGAUCUGUACGUCCCGAAUUCAGUACCAAAAAUACUGAAUUUCAACGAAACCUACGAGCCGUUCAGCUCGGCUAUUACGACCAGCAAAAUACCUGGUGAAUACGUUCCUAAUUCGAAAGGAUUGAAAAAGAAGAUGGAUGAGUAUCAGCCGGACUUCACCAGCAAGACAAUGAAGUUUGACAACAGCUACGUUCCGUCGAGCUCUGCAAAAAUAAUGGAGCUUAAGAAAAAUGGUAGGAAGUCAUCCCUGGGCGGCAGUAGUAGUAGCAGCAGUGGAAGCACCAGGAAGAAGAGGAGUAGAGAUACAGAGUCCAGUACUCGCAGGGAAUCAUCGUCUAAGAAAAAAAAUUCCCCUGCCACUCAGAGCACGGGUGUUAAGCGAGAAAUGUGAUGUGAAAUUCAACGUUUCAGGGAUGAAGUUUCAACCAAGAGUAACUUCCAUACUUUCGAGGUCUGAUUUUAAAAUAUUCACCCAACAAUAAGCUUUUACAAGAUUUUCAAGAAUACUCCGAAGCCAAGGGUCAUCAAGUGUCCCUAAACUUUACGUCUUUACACUUGUAAAGUCGUAUUCAAGGUGACGAAUUUGCUCGUUUCUUAGACAUCUUAUGUCUUUGUAUUAUUUAAGAUAAUUUAUUCAAUCUCUCCUAGUACUGUAAAGAGUUACAGACAUCUUGUGUAUAAUCGUUCUAUUUUUGUGUAAUGAAUUUCUGCUUUUCUUUUCGCAGCAAGUUUCCGAAAAAGAUCGACACGGAACAACAUUAUUAUUCCACUACGUUAUAUCUAACAAAGGUCUCAAAACAAUAUUAAUAGCCUUUUCAGUUAGAUUCAACUUACGAAAAUGUUAAUCUUUAUCCUUAAAAUGCUUGAAAAAUCAAGCACUCGUCUAUUCCCAAGUGAGGGUAUUUGAGUAGUAAGAGAAAUUUAGGGAUGUAUAUCGUUUAAUUUUCCCAAUGUGGAAAGCGUGUGAUAUUUUUGUAAAUAAUCUAAAUGAAUCAGA